GGAAAUUGUGGGAACACCAGCUGGACACGUGAGUGCACAGUGUUGUCGUGAUCACGGAGCAAUGCGGCGGCUGUACGUCGGUGGGUUAAGCCACACUGUCACUGAGAAGGAUCUGAAGGAUCGGUUUGGAAAGUUUGGAGCCGUGGAGGAUGUGGAGCUCCGGACCAGAAGGGACCCAGAAGGUGUUCCCUUCAAAACAUUUGGCUACGUUAACAUCAACAUUUCAGACGCUGACCUGAAGAAAUGUCUGACAGUGUUAAACAAAUCCAAAUGGAAAGGAGGAACUCUGCAUAUUGAAAUAGCCAAGGAGAGUUUCCUGCACAGACUGGCUCAGGAGCGGCAGGAGGCAGCAGAGCAGCAUCUCCGGCAGCCGGCAGCUGAGGACAAGAGGCAGAAGCUCCUGGACUCGCUGAGCAAAUCUGGUGUGAAUAAUUUCACCAUGAAGGCUGCAGUUCCAGGGACUGAAAUCCCAGGACACAAGGACUGGGUGGUCAGUAAAUUCGGACGGGUCCUACCCAUCCUGCAGCUCAGGAAAGGCAACAAAUCUCGAACCCUGAAGUACGACCCAUCGAAAUACAGCCAUAACAUUCGCAAACUGGACCGAGACGCCAAGCCCGAUGAGUUCACACCCAUCACCCAGCUCACCUGGGAGGUGCAGGGUGGCGAUGAUGACAUCAGUAAGAAGAGGCGGGGCGAGUUCCCCCCAUCUGAGCCAUGGAGACCCAAGAAGAGUCGGACGGAAGAUGCUUCUGGCAGAACCAGAUUUGAACACCCUGUUAACUGUGUCAGUUACUCUGAGGCUCAUCGGCUCUCCAAUGGAUUUGAAAAACAAAACAACCACAGACCGGCUCAGAGGAAGUGGACGCAUUUUUCUGACAGUGAUGUCGAUUCAGACGAGGAAAUCCGCAGGCUAGUAGCAGCUCAGCAAUCCUCCCGUUUUACACCGCAGCAGCAACAGGAGGUGGAGGAGGAGACUCUGGAAGUGGUUGGAUACGACUUCUUAUCAAAAUCGUCUCGCAAAGGUGAUCAAGAGGAUGAUGAUGAUGAUGAUGAUGAUGAUUAUGACUCCGCUGACACAGAUGAACUCUUUGCGUCGAGGAAACCUCCCCCUCCUGAGUGUCAGGAGAAACAUACUCCACCUACAGUGGAGCACCUCUCAGGAAACAACAUGGACACGAAGAGAAAAGCAAAGAAGAGCAAAGCUGGAGAGCGAGAGGAAGAGGACGGAUCAACAGAUGAUGAAGAACACCUUACUUCCUGAAACCCAUCUUCCGUGCAGCAUAAAGAGGAUUCUGAGCAGAAACUUAAUAAGAAAACUGCUCUCGUAAAACCAUCCUUAUCACAAUCAGAUAGUGAUGAAGACGAUGAGAAUGAGGUAGACUCGGAAGAUUCAUGUUCAGACUCUGAUUAUGAAGCCAUGUUUUCUAAUGUCACCCAAUUGGAGAUCUCCCUGGCUGACCUGCAGAAGCUCGCUGAAGAGGCCCAGCAGAACUCCAGGACUACAGCUCCCAGCAUCCUCGGUGCCAAACUGGAACAAAAAAGAACCCUCACGUCCGGUCCUGCAGAGCAAUCUGCUCCCAAGAAAGGCACCACGCCUGAGGAGAUCCUCGCCGCGAUCAUGGAGGACGACAGCAGCGAGGAUGAACAGAAGAAGAAAAAGACAAAACGAAAAGCUGUCAUGUCAGCGCCACUGCCUGCCUUCCAGGGCACAAAAGCAAUUAGCGAGGUAUCGGAGACAGAUGAGCACAAGAAGGGACAGGAAGAAGAAGAGGAGGAGGAGGAUGGAAGAGGAAGAGAGGUUAAAAAACAGAGGAUGAACUCUGACGCUCCACAGCUGGUCCACAAAGCAACAGACGGCAAAACCAGCACGAGUGUAAGGGAUCAGAAACACGCAGAAGCAAAGAUCUCAGACAGCAGUGGGCAAGAAGAGGAUGACGAGGAAGAAGACGAGGAAGAUGACAAUGAAGAACAUGAGAGUGAUGAUGUGGAAGAAGAAGAAGACAUGGCUGCUCCUGAUGUUUUCAAAAUGAUCCAGAAUAGAGUUUGUGUAAUCCCAGAAAAAGCUGAGAUUAAGUCUUCAUCCAGCAGUGAUGAUGAAGAGGAGGAGGAAGAGGAGAGGGUGAAUGCCAGUCAGACUGUUGUAAAAGCUAAAUCUUCAUCUUCACCUUCAUCCUGCAGCUCAUCUGGGGACGAUGAGAACGAGCAGCAGAUAAUUUGUGCUGAAGGUCCUGUGGAAGCAGCUCUGAGCAGUGAGACCUCCACCAGCGAGGAAGAGGAGGAGGAGCAGGAGGAGGAGGAAGAGCGGCCACCUCCCCGGAUGGCGUUGGGAGUUGAGGAGGAAGAGGAGCGGCAGAGACAGGCCAACAUGAGGAGGCUGGCUGCUGUACAGCAGAGACAGAAAGAGGCUGAAGAACACAAAAGGCUCAUUCAGGGAGCGCUAGCCAGCCUGGAUGCUCCUGCAGCAGGAGCAGGGAAACACAUCGUCUUUGGCUCUGAUGAUGAUGAAGAUGAUGGUGAUGAUAAAGGAAGGACGGUCCCAGAGGUUUCAGCAUCAAAGAAGACGCUAUUCCAGGACAGCCAAUCAGAGGAUGAGGCCGACGGUGACGAAGCCGCAGCAAAUGGGGGCGCCAAAGUAAAAGAGAAGAUGCGUCUGAAGUCAUCAGGCCCUCAGCUGUUUGGCAGCAGUGAUGAUGAAGAUGAUGAUGCUGAGAAGGAGGAGGAUGGCAGUAGGUUUGAUAUCAAGCCUCAGUUUGAAGGUCAAGCAGGACAAAAGCUGAUGGCGCUGCAGUCUCGCUUCGGGACAGAUGAGCGUUUCCGGAUGGACUCUCGCUUCCUGGAAGAGGAUGAAGAGGACAAAGAGGAGGAGUCACGUGAGACUGCGGAUGCAGAGACAAAGAAUACCCUGGUAGAAGAUGAUGAGGAUUUGGAGGAAGAGAAGAAGAAGAACCUGUCCAUUCUGCAGAGCGUUCUUGGCCAACAACAAUGCAGCAGCAAGACUGCAGGCAAAGCCAAGAAGUUCAGAGAUGUGUCAGCGCUGCAUUACGACCCCAGCAAAGAGGAACACGCUGCGUUUGAGAUCAAAGAUGAAAUCAAGGAGAGCAAAGCUGCCAGGAAGAAGAAGCGGGAGGAGGCGCAAAAGCUUCCCGAAGUUCCUAAAGAGAUUUAUUACGACGUGUCAGGCGACCUGAAGGUCGUGUUCGGCCAGAGCAAGCAUGAGCCCGCUGAACAAGAAGAAAAGGCAAACUGGGACCAGAUGGAAGAAGAAGAGGGUACAGAGAAGGAGGAAGAGUUCGCCCCAUUGGCCUCUGUUCUCUCUGCUCCCGGUGCAGAGAACGAGGAUUCAUCUGGAUUUAAAUUUUCCUUCUUUGGAGAUGACACAGAGGCAGAAAGUAAAGAGACGGCCGAGUACAAGGUGGAGGCCAUACAGGCUCCAAAGGUGUCAUGGCAACAAGACCCACGUUUCCAUGACAGCAGCUCAGAGGAGGAAGAGGACGAGCAGGAGGAAGAUGAGGAGCAAAGCAGCGCCGCAGCUAAAACCACAGAAGCGGUGACUCCGUCACACACUGAGUUCUUCUUCUUCUGCACCGAUGACGACAGACUGACAGAGGGUCCCAAGUUGUUCUGCCGUGUGUCGGAGUUGGAGGAGCAGCGGGAGCACUGGGAGGAGAGGAGGAGCGCGCUCAGACAGGAGUAUCGCAAGAAGCACAGGGAUGCUAAAAGGAAACUGACGUCCUCCUUGAAGAGCUGAGGAUUGUGGGAAAUGAAGUCUUUGUGUUUCAGCACUCAUGGGUCUGGACCUCUGGGAUUCGUGCCUGACUGAUCAUUUCUCCUUUUUGGUGCUGUUUUGCCUCAGACUGAUGGUAGCAGUCAGCAGGAUGGAGAGCAGAUGGCGGCCAAAGACUGAAAUCAUCUGAAUGUUUAAGAUUGUCCAGCAUUUCAGAUUUAUUGUUCUAGUAAAUAUCAAUGUCUCCAUGAGAGAUUAACAGCAGCUCCUAGCUUACUGCAAAUGUGCAGCAACACCCAUUUAUGGAGGACCAAACCUGCUAUAAAAAUGGACAAACAGAACGGUCAAAUAAAUAAAGAAAUAUGCUCAUUAAUAUUAAAAUGAUUAAAAUGGAACUUAACUGAUCAUUUUUUUCCUUACAGUUGUUUCAGGAUUCACGAAUAUUGAUGUAUUUUUUUUUUAUAUCACCACUUUUUUGUUCUCUUAGUAGUUUGUUUUGUUUGUUUUUGUGCGGGUUUGGUCCUCCAUACUUAUGAGAUGAACCAGUUGAAUAAGAAGAUUCAAACAUCUGUCACCAUUGGGGACUUUUUACCUCAUGAGGAGAUGUUUCUGUUUCACGUUGUGCUUUGUAAAAUAAAAUGAAAUGAGAUUU